GUGGAAAGGUGAACCCACAAUUUCUUGUGAUCCACCGCCGGCACGCAGGCACCUACGGCGUGGAGAAAGGGUCCGAAAGCUGACAAGCCUUGAGACAAAUGGGAUAGGGCUGGCUCGCUCUUUGUGAGUGGUUUCACACGGUCUUUCUCCGAGUCUGCGGCCAUGCUGGGAAUGAACCUCUUUGGAUACCGAGAAUGCAGCUGAUUCUGGGAGCGGGCAGGGCAAAAAUCGCACCCGGGCCCGGGUCGGAAGCUUGCCGUGUGACCCUGACUUACAGGGGGAGCCCCUAGACUGGAGCAGCAUGAGCCCACAAAUAUAUUCGGAGCCCCCCGAUGGGGGCUGGGGCUGGAUGAUUGCUUUGGCGGCUUUUAUACAGCUAGCCCUGAGUUUCGGGGUGGUCCGGUCUUUCGGGGUCUUCUUCGUGGAGUUCCUCACAUAUUUCGAAGAGCCCUCCAGCGCGACCUCGUGGGUCAGUUCCAUUACAGUAGCUGUGCUGAUGUUUAGCAGUCCACUGGCAAGCGCCCUCGGGACACAAUACGGCGAACGGCCCGUUGCCAUGGUCGGCGGCGUCUUCUCCACCUGCGGUUACCUGUUGGCUUCCUUUGCCACCAGCCUGGUUCAGCUCUGCCUGUUCAUUGGGGUGCUCACAGGUCUGGGCGGAGCGCUCCUCUACUCCCCUUCCAUGUCCUUGGUCACUCGGUAUUUUAACCGACGGCGCGCUAUGGCCCACUUUGUGGUGUUCUCCGGCGCCGGCAUAGCAUCGUUGGCUUUCCCGCCGCUCUUCCAGUUCCUGGUGGACUCCUACGGCUGGCGUGGUGGGCUCUUGGUCCUUUCCGGCAUCUCCUCCCACCUGGUGGUCUGCGGGGCCCUCCUGCGCCCACUGAACGUUGCCGCAACGGGCGCCGUGCCGUCUCCGGAAGAGGAGAGCCGAGGGAAGAGGCUGGCCUCUCUCUUAGGGUUGAAGUUGCUCUGCCACUGGGAUUUCAUGGUCUUCAGUGGGGCAGGGUUCCUGAUGGCUCUGGGGUACUUCAUCCCCGUUGCCCACUUGCUCCCCCACGCCAGAGAAACGGGCUUUGACGAAUACCAAGCCGCCUUCCUGGUCUCUGCCGUCGGGGUGGCCGACAUUGUGGGGCGCAUCCUCGGCGGCUGGCUGGCCAGCUGCACUUCCUUGACCCUCAUCCACCAACUCACCCUCUGGACCCUCCUGACCGGCAUUUCUUUGCUGGCGAUUCCUCUGGCACGCAGCUACGGGGUGAUGCUGGCCGUCAGCAUCUGCUAUGGGUUCCUGGGAAGCUCGAUCCUCCCCCUCCGAUUCUCCAGCUUGGCAGACAUUGUGGGUCCCGACAAGAUCAUGGGGGCCAUCGGGCUCCUCCAGGUGAUGGCAAGCAGUGGGGCUUUGGCUGGCCCCCCAUUCUCCGGCUGGAUCCGGGAUGUGACAGGAAGCUACGACGCCUCUUUCUUCACCUCUGGCUCCUUCUUCAUCGCCGGAAGCUUGACACAUUUCUUGCUGCACGACUUCUUCUCCUGCCGUCACCCCCGCAUUGCGCCCAAACACCCCGAAGGACGUCAAGCAGAGGAGAUGCAGGACUUAAGCCCUGCUUAGUGUAGACGCUUGAACCCUCAACAAGUCUUUGUUGCCGACCCACCAGGAAUGUGUCUGCACUAAUCUGAGUUCACACUGCCUGACAUCACUUCAAUUGUCACGGCCCUGUCUUGGGGACCUCUGGGAUUUGGAGUUUGGGAGAAGGGACUUUGAAUUCUCUGCCAUAGUUCAAACAAUGGGAAGAAGACUCUCUUGACGCAGAAUGCCAACCUCAUAAUCAAACUACAGUUCCCAGAAUACUUUAGGCGUGAAUCGUGGAAGCCUGAGAGGUAUCAAGCAACUGUCAUUGACUAAUAGAGAGGCACUCAAAUAAGUUCCUUCUGCAUCUGAUAAAGUAAUAACCAUGUGCUGUCAAGUCGAUUCUCACUUUUUAGUGUUUUCUAAGAGUAACUCAGGGACGUGGUGGCGCUGUGGGCUAAACUACAGAAGCCUUUGUGUGCUGCAGGGUCAGAAGACCAGC